UUAGUGAUGACGACAUCUUGAUUUGGAUUGGCUCUUCGGUGUAGUGUUAAAAAUCAUUGCUAAGUUCAGAUUAUUUGUAAAUUGUUACUAAAAUAAUCUAGUAAUUUAGAGAAAUGAAUAAACUACUGAUUAUUAUCGUAAUAGUUGUCGGUGCUUGUUUCUUAGCUGAGGCUAAGAAAUUCAAGGGCGAUGAUAAACCGGCUUGGGCUAAGAAAGAUAUCCGAGACUACAGUGAUGCUGAUAUGGAACGAUUGUUGGACCAAUGGGAGGAAGAUGAGGAUCCUUUGGAACCGGAUGAGCUACCUGAACAUUUGAGACCGGCGGAACCACUCGAUAUGUCUCAGCUGGAUAUGAGCAACCCGGAGAGCAUUCUGAAGGCCUCCAAAAAGGGCAAAACUCUGAUGAGCUUCGUAACCGUGAACGGUAGUCCCUCGAGGACGGAAACCGAAGAAAUCACCAAACUGUGGCAGACCAGCUUGUGGAACAACCACAUCCAGGCUGAGCGGUACCUCAUUGAUGAUAAUCGUGCUAUUUUCAUGUUCAAAGAAGGCUCCCAGGCAUGGGAGGCGAAGGAUUUCCUGGUUGAACAGGAACGAUGCCUUCAGGUCACCAUCGAGAACAAGGACUACAAGGGCAAGCAUAAUGCGGAUGGCGAUGAUUCGAAUAAGGAUGAACUCUGAAAAGAUCUAAAAUAAAGAUUGAACGCAAAUUUGCAUAAAUGGAUGCAAAUUAGACUGAGUUGAAAUUGUGAACACGUCUCUUUUUAUAAUUUUUUUUCAAGCGAGUGAAUAUUUCAUUUGUUUAGCUUAAUUUAAAUCUAUGUUCAUCGAAAAGAAAUAAAUAUGUGUAUCUAAAAUAA